AUGUCGUCAUCCGCUGUGAAGUCCAGAAGCAAGAACCCGUACGCCGCCGUGCAGGUAGACCCCGACAGUGAUUACAUCACACCAGGAACAUUAGACCUGGAACAGAUGUUCUGGUCUGGCAGCGGGGCUCAGUAUGCACAUGUCGAUCAGGUCUGGCCCAGGAUCUACAUCGGCGAUGAGAAAACAGCGCUGGAGUUUUCUGGCCUGAGGGACCUGAGCAUCACUCAUGUCCUUAAUGCAGCCGAGGGAAAGUUUAACAACGUGCUCACCGGUGCUGAGUACUACAGUGACAUGGACAUUCAGUACUAUGGUGUCGAGGCUGAUGACAAACCCACCUUCAACAUCUCUCAGUUCUUCCGCCCUGCAGCCCAGUUCAUCCACGAGGCCCUCGGUCAUCCAGAGAACAAGGUGCUGGUGCAUUGUGUGAUGGGUCGCAGCAGGUCAGCGUCUCUGGUCUUGGCGUACCUGAUGAUGAAACAGAGCUUAACGGUGGUGGACGCUAUUGAGCAUGUGCGACAGCGACGCUGCAUCCUGCCCAAUCAUGGCUUCCUGAAACAGCUCAGAGCCCUGGACAUCACAUUACAAGAGGAGAGGCUGAGAGAAAAGAGAGAGACCAAUGGUGCACAAUAG